AUGGCGGAAAUCUUAGGGGAUUUAUUAAAAUAGAAAAGGGACAACUUUAGAGUUGAAUUAAGAAAAAAGGCAACUGAAGAGCUUUUUAAACAAAAACGAAGAAUGUUUACUAAUAAUGAGCAAACUUAAUUAACAGAUGAAAAAAUUCAUAUUUGGUAUAUGAAUUUAGUAAACUAAAACUAUGAGGAAACUUUAGAUGAAAUACGAUAAUAUUUAUCAAAUUCAACUGUUGAAGUAAUAGGAUAUAAUUUAUUAUUAGUAUAAUUUAACAUUAAUUAAUAAACAUGAAGUAUAUUCUUUAUUACUUAACAUUUGGAAUAAGUAAGAAUUAGAUUAUCAUAUAAUUUAAUAAUUACUAUAUAUAUUUGCAAAUUUACAUUCCUAUAAUAUAUUUGAUGAUUUGAAACUUUUAUAAAAUGAAUAACUUAUGGGAAAAUUGUUCAAUUUAUUAUAAAUGACUACUUAUAAAUAAAUUCAAUCUUAAAUAUUCUUUUUAUUAGCAAAUCUAGUUGGUAUGGAUAAUGGUGUUAAAGCUAGAUAAUUAGCUGAUUAUGGAUUUUGUACUCUUAUAAAAAAAAUGUGGAUUAAUAAUCUAAUUUACUUCGAAGUAUUUAUAUUAUAAUAUAUUUUGAGAUUGAAAAUAUUAAAGACUUUUGUUGGUUCUUAAGUAAUUUCUUUUAAUAUGAUUCAAGUAAUGUUGCUGGUUUUACUUUAAGUGAAGUAUGUUAUAUUUAAUUUAUAAAGGUCAAAGAGGUUUUGCCAAUUGUAUUAGAAUGCAUCAAAUAAAAUGAAAAGGAAAUAAAAUUAUAUUCAUUAAUAACUCUUAAGAAUAUGUGUUUAGCUAAAGAAGAAGUAUUUGUGAUAAUAUUGAAUAAAUUAAAAAUCUUUAAUGAUUUAAUGGAAAUGUAGAGAACAAGUGAAGAUGAAGAAGUUUAAUUGAAAACACUUGAAAUUAUAGCAUCUUUUGCUUUGGCAGAUGAUUAAAUUACUACUUAAUUAGUAAAUGAAUUCAAAAUCUUAGAUUUCUUUUUAUAAAUAUAUAUUUAACCAGGUAGAAACAAAUAAAAAGAAUUCAAAAAAAUAAUAUUAUGGGGAUUAAAUAAUUUAUGUUGUAAUGAAAAAUUUGAAGUCUUAUAAACAAUUAUAUAACAUGAUCUUAUUAAAAUUAUGUAAAAAGAUGAAAAUGAAACUGAAAUUAUUAAAGAUAUUCUUGAAGUUAUGAGAAGUCUUUCAUAAUUAAAAAAUAUUGAUUUAUUAAAGUAUGUGUUGAUGAGUAGAAAUGUUGCUGAUAUUGUUAUGAAUCAACUUAAAUUAAAAAUAUCAAAAGCAAUAGUUUUAACUUGUUUAAACAUUGUACAUAAUUUUGCUUAUCAAAUUGGUAAACAUACACAAAGUGAUAUCAAUAUGGCAAUUGAAUUGUUUAUCUCUAAAGGCUUUGAUAAAAUACUUAAUUAAUUAGAAUUUGAUUCUGAUAAUGAUAUUAAUCUUGAAGCUCAAAGAUUAAAUGAGACUUUCCUUUAAUGA